UUUUAACGGAACAGUGAAGGAUAUUCAUACAUUGUAACCUUCAAUUGGAAAUAACAUGAUAUCAAAAUGGGACUAAAACUUAAAUGGCUAAAAGUUGUGAGAUAUGAUUGUGAUAAAAUUAAAUCUUUUAUAUUUUAAGAAAAAUACUUUGGCGAGUACAGAAGCUAGAAUAUUCCAUUGGUUUUUAAAGUAAUUACACAGCUGGAAAUUAAGCUUUUUAGGACUGAGAUCCUGAAAGUACUGCAAUAACAUCUCACUUAAUAAAUAUACUUUAUUCAAGAAACUCGGAAAAAUGGAAAUGGAAUUAUAAAACAAUAUAUGAGAUUACUAUAUUUUUGAAACAUGUGUCAAUCAUGGAUUAAACUUAAGAUAUAAAUAAUAUAUUCAUAUCGUACCGUUGCCAUAAUUUUGCAUUCUGCAUUACAUGACAUCUUAUCUAAAUCGCCGGUUCACAGCGGUCAACAGUUCAACACUACAUGCUGCCUGAAUUAAGAAAAUACGUAAAUCUAUUUCUGAUGACAUGCAAUAAAGGACUUUUGGCAAUAGUUUUGACCUUUGAUUGGCAAGUCAUUUUGUUUAUCACUAAACGUCAAAAGAGCUACUCCGAUUAAUCUGUUUGUUUGUAUUAUUUCGAGAAUAGUACCGUAUAUUAAAUAAUCUCGUUUUGGCUUUUUCAGUAAAAUUCGAAUAGGUACCGACCCUUUUUCUUCUCUUACUGCAUCUGACGGAGACAAGUAUCAUAUAUCUAUCACAUAAACACAUCUUACUGUCUUGUACCCCUGUUUCUACAAAAAUAAAUAGAUCUUUACGGAAAGUCAUUUACGGUAAAUGCUUGAGAGUCACAUUAGUAAAUUGAAUUCAACGGAAUAUAGCUGACCAUAAAGGCGACGUGACUUCUACAAAACGUUGUAAUGCAGAAAUCAGGGACGUUGUUUGCAAGCGUGUAUAACUUUCUUAGCAGGAAGGAAACCAAGGCCGAGGAUCAUUCCGGAGGUUCAGAAUCCCCAACAACACGUGACCCAGUGCAGAAUCUCAGUGCAGCAUAUAAGAGACAACAGCCAGAGUUUAUCAUACUUCAUUACAGCCCAUUCAAGGCAGUUUGGGAUUGGGUAGUUCUUAUACUUGUGCUGUACACUGCAGUCUUCACUCCCUACCAGACAGCCUUCUUACUAAACGAGGAAGACGCCACCAUGAAACGAAAUCGAGACUCUGUAACCCGGACUGAAAGUCCAGAAUCCUCCACAGCCAACCCACUUGUAAUUAUAGACUUGAUAGUUGACCUGAUGUUCAUUGCGGAUAUUCUAAUCAAUUUUCGGACGACGUAUCUCCAAAACGGAGAGGUGGUAACCAAUCAGAAGAAAAUUGCAAUUAAUUACGUGAAAGGAUGGUUUGUCAUUGACACUAUAGCCGCUAUGCCAUUUGAUCUUCUUCUCUUCGGGUCCGGAACGAGUGACACAAUGACGAUAGCAGGUAUUUUAAAGACUGCAAGAUUACUGCGCUUACUUCGUGUGAUAAGGCGCAUUGAACAAUUUGCAGAGUAUGGUGCUGCCGUACUACUUUUGUUAAUGGUUACGUUCUCUCUAGUAGGACAUUGGCUAGCUUGUGUGUUUUAUGCAAUUGCAUACUGGGAGCGACCUCACUUGGAGAACGCCAUAGGAUGGUUGGAUACUGUAGCCACUAGUAUCAACGAGCCUUACGUCGCCAAUGUUACAGAGAGUGGACCCAGCAUAAAGACGUAUUACAUCACAGCGUUAUAUUUUACGUUUACGUCGCUGACCUCAAUAGGAUUCGGAAACGUGUCACCAAAUACUAACGCCGAAAAAAUAUUCUCAAUAUUUGCUAUGUUGCUUGGCUCGCUGCUGAGUGCUGCAAUCUUUGGUAACGUGUCUUCUAUAAUGAUGCGAGUGUAUCAGGGCACGGAUGAAUACCACGAGAAAAUGCAGAGUAUUAAAGAAUUCAUUAACUUCCAUCAUCUUCCAAAGAAUCUUGCAAAUCGAUUGCAAGAGUCCUUCCAACACACCUGGUCAUACACUAAUGGAAUUGACAUGAACACGGUUUUAAAGAGUUUCCCGGAGUGCCUACAAGCGGAUAUAUGCCUUCAUUUGAAUAGAAACCUGCUGAAUAACUGUCCAGCCUUCCAGAAGGCAUCUACAGGAUGCCUUCGUGCCUUAUCUAUGCAGUUCAAAACAACACAUGCGCCCCCUGGUGACACAUUGAUACAUCCGGGUGAUAUACUAACCGCAAUCUAUUUUAUUGCACGCGGUUCCUUGGAGAUUGUGACAGAAACUAAUGUAAUGGCGAUACUAGGUAAAGAUGACAUAUUUGGCGGUGAUCUCAAUGACCUGGAAUGCACGGGGAAAUCGUUCUACUUUGUACGCGCUCUUAGUUACUGUGAUAUUAACAAGAUAGAGUUACACGUGCUGAAAGAAACUCUGAACACAUACCCAGAAUUUUCAAAAGAAUUCAUGGAUAAAAUACAAGUGACAUUUAAUCUAAAGCGGGGAACUCUGAUUGAAAGAAGGAAGACGUCGAAAAUGGAUGACGAGACGUUAAGAUUUAUACGUCAGAAGAGGCCGCAUAUGCAAUCGAAAGGACGAAAAACAGAUACAGUGGAUCGACGAAGCGGGCGAUCUUACUGGCGCAGAAAAAUGGCUAGCACGGGACCGCAGAUGGGAGAAGAUGAGCUGAUGUCUAAGGCAUUCGAAAUUUCUCCGCAGCAAGCCUAUAGUGAUAUAGAUACAGCAUUCACAGAUAGAUCAGUAAAAAGUACAAGAGUAAAAAGGCGAAAUCACAACAAACAUUCCGGUCCUUCACCUGGGCACAGUCGCACAACUUCAGCCGAUACAACCAGUACGUCAAUGCCCCAGUCUGUUUCCGGUGGAACUAACAUGGAAACAUCAGACGGUGUAGCGCCCACAAGUAGCCGUCCGCAUUCCUGGAAAACUAGUGAUACAGCGCCACCUGGAAGAGUGAGACAAACGUCACAGUCAAACCUCGUGGAAAUCGACAACAAGCUCAACCAUUUAGCAAAUCGAAUGCAACAUUUUGAGAAUCAACUCUGUGAUACUGUAGACAAUAUACUGCUGCUGCUUGGACAGAAACCAACCAUGCCUAGAGAAAAAGUGUCGGAACCGACUGGCCCUUUCACAACGCAUUCCAUAAGGCGAGGGCCUCGACUUGUUAAAUCUCCAAAUGAUCUCGCGAGAUUUCCCGAUAAAAUGUGACACCACAUGUAAGUCACUGACUGCUGAAAACAUUUUUUAGUGCGUAACAUGCAAGUUUUCAUUUUCAUCAUUAAAGAGCCAUAGUCAUAUGUUCAAAACAUCUCGCGAGACUUCUACAGAAAAUGAAAGGCUCUUAGGGGGUGUCCGGGUAAAUUGGGACAUUGGCAUAAUUCGUACAGUUUUGAAGUCAAAUCUAUAAUUAUGUUCUCACAUCCGAUAAGGCUAAUUUAUGUCUCUUUUGUGAAAUUGAUAUGUCUCCGUUAAAAUACGAUCAAGUCACAAAACGUCUUAAUAUCGGAUAUAACGUAACAACUGAAGUAAUGACGUAGUACUCAUACUUUCUGCGAACAACAAAGAUAUCUUUUAUAGGAAUAAGGUCAGUAAUUCGGUCGAAAAUGUGCUUCCGUGGUGUAGUCGAAAGAAGUCCAUAAUAAAUAGAUCCUAAUUUUCCCAUUUUUUGCGCAAAUUCGUGUAGAACGAGUGCUUUAAUCACCAUUUUUCACUACUAAAAUACAUUCUGCAUGAAAUGAGACGGUUUUCAUGUUCAUACACCCCACAUGGCAAGUUUUGCAGAUCGAAACCGGAAGUAGGUGUUUAUUGCGCGGACGAGAGCAAAUAUGCGCCAUUUUUAGGGUAGCAGACCACAAAUGACUGGCAUUUCACUAGGAACUACAUAACCCCCUAUUUUCUUUUCAUUUUUUCGUUGAUUUGUGAUAGAACUUCCAUAAAAAAUAGGUGUAGGAAAAAGUGAUGUUCUCUAAAGAUACGUAAAGACGACCUGAAGUUGUCGUUUUUUAUAUGAAACAAAGAAGGAUUUGAAUUACUGACCUUUAACCUAUAGAAGGCGGGAAGUUUUCGAAGAGGAUUCAGUCAAUUCAUGUAUCAGGCAUGAUAUCAUAGUAUUGCUUUUAACUAUGUAUUCAAAAUGGAAGAUAAAUAUGUUAAAAACUCAAUGAUAUCUGUUGCUUUCCCCAAAAAUCAAAGGAUUGUCUAAAAUAAGGAGAAGUUCAAGUGUCCGAGUUAAAACACCUGUUUUCUUAUAGUAGGAAAAAAUCGAACAUGCAAUUUUAAGGGACAGUGCAGACUCCCUGUACUACGUUGUUUUCGAUUUUUGACCAAAACAGUUAGUCAAACCUGUGUUAAAAACCACCUCUGAACAGAGACCACCUGGCUCUAAAGACUGCAUAUUUUGUUUCCCAUUUUUAACAUUAACGGUGUAUUUUAACCUGUGAAUAUAGGCCACCUCCUAAUAAAGACUCUCCCGAGGGUGGUCUUUAUAGACAGGUUUGACUGCAUAUCAAUAUUGAUGAAUAUCUAUAUUUUUCAGAUGUUUGAAUUUUACUUUUUAAAAACAGUUUUAGUGUCCGAAUUAUUCCUACGUAUUUUAUUAUGUCCGAAUUAUUCCUACAAUGUGUCCGAAUUUUCCUACCUCGUCCGAGUUAUGCCGACUGAGGGCAGAGCCAAUGAAAUCGAUUGUGUGACAAUAUUUUCAGAUUACAAACCUAAAUAUGAUUGGAUAUCGCAUCUGUAGAUAUUCUUUCUCCUUACUGCUUGGGUUUGUUAAGCAGCGAAUCAAAAUUACCUACACAGCAACUUGUCAAACUCGAACUGUUAAAAAUUGUCCGAAUUUACCCGGACGCCCCCUAUAUACGAAUGUGCAAAGUGAGUUUAUAUUGACUGUCAAAAUAUUUAUUUAAUCCAGCAUUUGUGGUUCUAAACUAAAAAGUAGAACGUGUCAUAGAACUGAUGUGUUUUUCAAUAUUAUGAGCAGGCACUUCCGACCAUUCAGGCAUGUUUAUAAAAUAAAUUUAACAAAAAAAAAAAAAGAAAAAAAACAACAAAAAUAGAA